CCAUCACGCCUGCUUCGAUUUGCGCCGGAAUGCUUGACGCGCCUCAGAACACACGCGCACUUCCAAUAUGGCAACCCCGAAACAAGUGCAGAAUCUUCUGCUGACCGAACACUUCAAAUUCACGCCCCUCACCCUCGUAGACGACAUCAUCAAUGCCGUCAAUGAGCGCGCCUACCACGCGACUGAUGCGAUCGAGGCCUCCCUGCUAGCAGCAGAUCCGACGCAGCUUGGCUUCGAGUCGCGCGCGAAGGAAGAGGGCCGUGUUCCAGAGACAGAUGGAGAGGGCAAGCAGGUGUUUCCAGAGGCGAAGCUAGAGAUUGACGAGGGCAUACACCAGCUAGAGACACUGCUGGAAAACACAAUUGACAAGAAUUUCGACAAGUUUGAGAUCUAUACGCUUAGGAAUGUUUUGACCGUCCCGGAGGAUGUGGUGCCGUGGGUUAGGUUGGGGCAUUAUGAGAACCUCACCAUACCCGCCCCAAACGCCACAACACCCACCCCCGAAUCCCUCCAACACCUCCGCCGCAAACUCUCAGAAACACAAAAACUCCACGCCGCCCUCCUCGCGGAGAAAACCCGCAACGAAGCCACCCUCGCCCGCCUCCGCAGCUUCCUCUCGCCCCCGCCUCCACCGCCCAAGACCGAGCACUCCUCUCCCAGCCAGAACGAGAAAACAGCCGCAACCAGCAACGGCGACGGUGCCUUCGCCUUCCUAACACACACACCUGCCGCGCAGAACCUGGGCAUCCAACCCCUCCCCCAAGCCUCUGUUUCCCGAGCUACAUCGGGCCCUGAAUCAGCCGCUGGCCCGCUAACGACACAUACCACCUUCACCCUCGCGCAGCUGCCUGCACUAAGGGCGCAGCUGGAGGGGCUGAAACCCUAUCUCGCGACCGCGUCACUGCCGUCGGGUCGGGAGACGACUGAAGCGGCGGAGGCGGCGAGAGAGCGGAAGGAGUACGUGGAGAGCCAGACGCGGAGAGUGCUGGAGCGGAGAGGCGUAGAUGUGAAGAAUGGGGGUGCGGUUGAGGGGAGGCGGGUUGCUGGGGAGGAAGUGCGGGCAUUGGAGGGCUUGGUGAAGGGAAUGAGUAGAAAUGGGGGCGAGAAGGCGGCUGAGGGCGAGGAGGAAGGGGAAGAGAUGGAUACUGGAGAUUAGGCAGUUCUUUUUGAGCCUCUGUUCGGGCUUGGAGUUUGGGGUUUUUGGGAUUCUGGGGUUGCGGGAUGGUGGCUGUGUCAUCUGGGUUUGGGGUGUCAAACAGCGUUCGAGGAUCAGUCGAGGUUAAACUGGGGCGUCUGGUAUCCUUAGGUACGGUUUGGAUGUCCUUGACGGACAGGAUAUGGCUCCGGUCGAGGUCUACAGCACUGGACUCUAAUAUUAGAUUGAAGCAUUCCGGACAAUAGCUUCGAGCGCGGCCUCGCCACUAUCGCCACGUGCUGAAGUGAGAUGGCUGAUUUGUAUUAACGGGCUAGGGUUCAAACGAGUAAGGAGUUCGAGGCCUCGGAGUGUUGAAGUGUUUGCUUUCCUGUGACCUUUUUUUUUUUGGCGAGG